AGUUUUGGCUCAAACAUUGUGAGCUCCGUCCUUGGCACGAAGGAACCACUUCGUCCUUGGCGCCAUGUGCAGCGCCAUGUGGUUGACGUUCACUUCCUUGAUCAGCCUUUCCGGUGCGGAGACGUUUCAAUGUUCCGAGCCCGGCCACACCGUGGAGCCGUCGCGUUCCGGAGCCUGCGGAUCGGAAGACAUCCAGGCCUUGCUCCAGCACCAGACAUACGCCAAUGUCGACCGUACUAUGACUUCAGAUCUUGAAUGGCAAGCACUCGUCUCCAGGGCAGACUGUGGUCCUGCAAUACCUUGGCCAUGUGGAAACGAAGAGAUUUCCCGCUUCCCCUUGCAGCAAAUCAACACCGGAAACAACUGUGCCAAUGGGAUGGCGACCAUUUCAUCCUUGGACCUGAACACCUCUCAGUACACCGAUCUGUGUUACAUCCCAGGCGUUUGCCUCAAUGCUUGUGGCAUUAAUCCCAUCGACAGCGCCAUCUAUUGCCAUACUCGAGGCAACUCCUUUGAGGAGCAGUUCGUGCGAGUGGACUGUCCAGUGAGCGAUUUGCAGUCUCCCGUGCAGGGAUCACUUUGCUAUUUUGGCCCAGGUGGUGAUUCCUUUGCGGGUGCCUUUGAUCCCAAAACUGGCAACUACAUCUUCCGGCAGAACAGGAAUCUCCGGUCCAUCGAUUCGGCAGCGAUUGCUGGUUUUCUCGGGUCAACGACGCCGUCCAGCAACAGCCAAGUUCGUGUCUUGGGUGUCGAACUAAGCAGCAGAACCUUUUCGGGUAUAUAAGCUGCAUGCCUCUAAGCAGCUUUUCGGGUAUAUAUGGAGGGGUUCGGGUAUUUUCGGGUGAAAUCUGUGAAUUAGGCAGAUGAUUGUUGAUAAUUAUUGUUGCCUUCAGGGAAAAGGUCACAGACUGCGCACCUGCGCAGGGUUGGAGAAAGUGGCACCGCUGCCGGUUCUGGGAUUUGUACCCUUGCUCGGUGUCCACUGCCUGGAUGUGGUUUUUCAUAAGGCUGUGCUGUGCUUCGAAAAAAGGAUCCAAACCAAGCGAGAUGCUUGGUGCUGUCCAUGGCCACUGCGAACUGCUUCGGCCACGGGCACUGCGAACGCGAAGGCGAAGCCGUCCGGUCACGGACUGUUCGACGUCGCCGUUCCGGUCCUGGGCGACGGGUCAAGGUAGCAGCAUCACGGGUGUGGCGAGCAACUUCCGUGGUAACGUGGCAGAUUUCAUCAUCCGGACAACGGACAUUGGAGAUGGAAAUCAGACCUACUUGAUUGGAUGCCAUCAGAAUAUGGUCUACUUCCACUCCUUAGACAAUCCGACGAACCCAACGCAACACAGCCAAGUCAGAUCAUUGCAACUUUUGAUUGAAUAAACAUGCAUAGCACCUGGGGCAAAAAUUUCCGCCUCAGUCCGAUUUGCCUGGGAGGAUUCACGGAUUUUAGGGGAACUCCGCGCCAGGUAGGAGUUUCCGCGGCCAGCAGUGAAUGUUUGCCGCAAGCAAAUUUUUACAUAGCCUUCAAAAAGCAUCACCACUGCCUAACACCGACCAGGUUGUCUCUUCCAUGAUUGCAUACCACAUAUUGUUCUGCAAGGACAUAGUUUCACAUAGUUUCACAUCUCAAGAUCUCACACCCUACGAUUUUGACACUUCUUCAUUCAUGACAUUCACAAAGAGGCUGCAACAUUUGUUCAAGCCCUUCAAAGGCACUGUUUUUGAAUCGGCAUUCCUCUGCCAGGAAUCUUCCGCCGUUUUGCCGGGUAUUUCCGCCUUUUUCCCGGGUAUUUCCGCGCCAGGUGUUUUCAACUUUGGACUGGUUUUACUCGUAUGUGCUCAUACCGCACAAGAAACCUUCAAAACAAAGACACAUGUAUAUGAUAUGAUGCUAGCCAAAUUUCCAGGUGGAGGUGGAAACUUAAGUGUCGGCAUUCUUUGUUUUCUUAAUGGAGGGACCGUUCCAGUGAGAAAUGCCCAACGUAAACCACAGAACAUAUUCAACUCCUAUAUAGUCUUUGUCUGAGUAGAUUCUUGAAAGGAAAAAUUUGCGGCAACAAACAUUUUCCGCGGCAAAAAGUUAAUCUCCGCCAGGACGGGAACCCAAAAAGGGCAAGAAUUUCUGCCGAAAGGAUCUUCUAGCCACCUGAAUCGACCUGGUGCACGGUAAAAGGCAAACUUCUUUGGAAAAGUGCCUCAUACGAAGAUCUAGGCAUAUCGCUGGAUUGGACAUGCAUCUUUCUGCCUUUGAAGGACAUAUACGUCGCAUGUAUGAAGGCAAAUCAGAAAAACCAAACUUCUUUGGCGUUCAUGUAACAGGUGUCCAGCCUCGGCUCUCCCAAACGCGAAAGAUCUCGACAGCUUUGGCCUCCAGCCGCCCAGCCAUGUCCUGGACCCCGAGACCGCUGCCAGUGCUUUUUUUUUGUCUCAAGAAGCCCCCAAAAGUGGUGCUUGCGGGUUAGGCCGCCAACGAGGUCUACCACUAAAUUGGUCGACCACCCCAGUCCGCCCACUGGCUUCAUCGCGCAUCUUACUUCGGUGGUUUCGGACAAAGACACCGACUGACUACUUCGGACGGGCGAACUUGACGAGGCAAAGCUUUCAAAUGUCUGGGGUGAACCCCGGUGGUUCCUCCGGUGCUCAGUGGUCCUUCCAGGGCGAGAUCUUUUGCGCCUACAACAACGGCGGCGAUGGUGUCAUUCAAGUCAAUGUCACCGACGUCAACCAACCGCAGGCCGGCCGGGUCCCUGCGGGCAGCGUCAGCGGAUCUGCAAGUACCAACUCAAAUGAUGGUCUGAACUGCCUCAAUGCGACAAACCCAUUUCCACCAGCGGUCACGACGACCAGCACCACAACCACUACCACAACAACGACUACCACAACCACCACGACCACGACGACCACGACAACGACAGCAACGACAACAACCACGACGACUACAACAACAACCACGACAACCACCACAACUACGACAACAACCACAACGAC